AUUAAUAAAUCUAUGAGUAAUGGAUCAUAAUAACUCUCCGCCGAACCGAUGAAUAUUUGACAGUACUAAACCCAGGGGACGUACCAUUUGUUACACAUUCCUUGGUCAUCUGUUGAAAUGCAGCAGUAGUAUAAACAGUACAAGAAUAAUAUGAAGAUUCAUGGAGAUGCAUAUUUAUAUCGAAAGUACUUGCCACUCAAAGAUUGACAGAAGGUUGCUAGCACAUCUUUGUCUGAUAAACUUUGCCGUUAUGGAUAGAAUUGAUAGAAUGGCGUGUCUGUGUUUUGGGACGUAAAUUUUACCGGGAGAAGUAGGAGUAGUUUGUCAACAGUGGUGUGGGUGCGUUACGCGAAAGUGUCAUGGCGUGGGUUAUUACGUUUACACAUAAUUUGCUGACUGUACGGGUUUCGAAUGCCGUACAUAAUUCGGUUGUAUCAACCUUAUGGCUAAAGUAAAUUUGUUUAAAAUUUUAUAUGUGAAAAUGAUUCUCGUUUUAAAAUUUUAACCAGAAAUUGAAGACACCUAUCUCCAAUUCUAUAUGUGUGUGUUCGUGUUCUUAACCAGACGAUUUUAAGUGCUUCCUGUCUAUCGUUUGUAGUAUAGUGCAUCAAAGUUCAAAAGAAAGUGGAGAUUAACGAUGAAAAGUAGUGGACUGCAAAGGUAAAAUUCCUCAGUUGUUUGGUACUCGGGAACCAUAAUGUGUGAUGAAUUCUCGAGAAAGGCCCUGAAAGUUGCAGUGGCAUUGAUAUGUCAGACCAUUGGAUGGAAUUCGAUUAUGAGCACACCUCUGGAAAUUAUGAUUGAUCUUCUUCAGAGAUAUCUCGUGGAACUUGGUCGAGUCACUCACCGGUAUGCAGAGCUCUUUGGACACACACAACCUAAUCUCGAUGACCUAGGUCUUGCGUUUCGAGAAAUGGGAAUAAAUUUGCAGGAUAUGGAGGAUUAUAUUAAAAACGUGGAAUCUGUACCAUGUCAUGGUGAAAUUCCAAAGUUUCCUGUUCCUCGAGACUCUCAUCUGAAUUUUUUGAAACCAGGGAGCAGGGAAGUUGUUACACGACCAGUUCAUGUGCAUGAGCACUUACCUCCUAUGUAUCCUGAAAUGGAAGAAGAUGAAUAUUUAUUGAAGCAGUCCCCACUUUCGGUUGACACUUCAAACAAUUUGGGAUCUACAUCACCACUCUCUAGUCCAAAGUCAAAUGUAUUCAAAAGACCAGGGGAUCCUGUUUCCUUGGAGAACCCUGUUUUGAAGAGGACGAGAAUGUUGAUGGAAGAAGAAGGUCGUCCUCUUCGAGAAAUUAGUAGUGUUAUGAUGACAACAUCUGGAUUUCUAUCACCUGCACGGGAAGGAAAGCUUCCUGAAUCACGAACGCCAUUGCAACCUUCUGAUUCUCGUUCCAAUUCUCCUCAGCCUUCAUCAUACCCCAUGGUACCCCCAGAAGUGAAAGGUGAGAAGAAAUCUAAAAAAGCUACACAGAAAAAAGCAGUUGACGCUGUUAAAAAAACGGACAAGGAAAAUAAAAAGGAACACAGAGUGAAAGAACUUGUUAAAUCUGGCAAAGGACACGCCAGUGAUGAAACAAAAGUUAAAAAAUUAGUCAGUAUGAAGGAACUUUCUAAACUGAAAGCCUUGAAACCAGGAGCUGUAAAAAUGUCACAGAAUUUGCAGUUAGCAGGUCCAAGUUCAUCCAACAAACCAGGCAAACUUCCAGUAUCAAAAUUAUCUGCAAUUAAAACUGCUGUUCCAGACACUCAGAAAAUCAUGAGACAUGUGUCACCUGUGGCAAAAUUGUCUAAACCAGAAAAAGUGCAUGCUGCUACACUUCCACAACUUAAAUUAAAUUCGCCAGAAAAAAGUAGGGAACCAACUAUAAUAGAAGGAAAAUUGUCAACAGAACCUGAUAAACAGAAACUCAACAUUUUCAAAAAAAUAUCAAAAGUCAAGGAAGAGAAGGUUGACAGGAUAGAAAAAAUUGAUAGGACUGAAUCUGCAGAUUCAGUUAUGAGAGAUUCACGUGAAAGUUCUCCAAGAUUGAUAAUAGAUGAAUCAGAAAUGAACAGCCGGCAAAGAGAAGCACGAAUGGCCCAGAUAGAUGACUGUAUUGAUGCAGUCAUUCAGCAGGGUAUGGAGAUUGUUAAUGAGGACAAUAAUAGUUCUCACAGUAAAUUAUCAACACCAGGGAAUGAUGUGGCAAGGGGAAACAGUUUGGCAUCUGUAACAAGUCAUCAGCCAGGUUCGGAUGAACUAUAUAUGUAUGACGAUGAUCUUUCACCACCUGGAACUCCAUCGUCUACCCCAAAGACUCCUGAGCUUCCGACGCCAUCUCGGAAAGCUGAAAAAAUACCAGAAGUGAAAGAAAAGAAAAAGAAAAAAGAAAAAUCAAAAACAAAGAAAGAGUCAAAAACAAAAUCUCAGAAAGAGUUGCACAGUCCUAAGAAGCCAAAGAUAGAAUUGAUGGACUUGGACAGUUCAGAGAAACCGAAAACUCCCGAAGCGGAGGAACCAUGUGAAAUAGUUCAGCCACCGGUUUUUCCUUUCUUUUCACAUUUUCCUCCAACACCAGGCCUUAUUCCUCCUCCUCUAGGACAUCCACUUUUCCCGAGGUUCCCUCUUCCCCUUGGAAAAAACUUACCUCAUCCUGCAAUGCCUAAUCUUCCCCUUCCACCACCACUUCUUAUGCAGCCUCCUGCUGAAGAGCCAGAAGAGGAAUCACCAAAGACUCCUGAAAGAUCUUCGAGUCUCUCUUCUUCAGGUCCAGUUCCAGCAAAUGUAAAAGCAGAUUCUCCUGAAAAGGUGCAGAUAUCUAGUCACAUCAUAAAGAAAACCCUUGAAAAGAAAGUGAAAGAGCACCGAAAGGAGAGAAAAGAUAAAGCAAAGAAGAAGAAGGAGAAAAAGCUGAAAGCAAAGAAAGAAAAAGGAGAAAAAAGGAAAAUCAAAUUAGAGAAGAAAGAAAAACUCAAAGAGAAGAUCAAAGAAAAGAAAGAAAAGAAAGAAAAACGUAAAGAAAAAGAGAUGCAACCAGAUCAUGCAAAUCCAAGUAAGGUCCCUACACCAAAACCACUCUUGAUGGCUGCUUUCUCUCAUUUCCAGAGAGAGGAAAAAUCAGAAAAACCAGAGAGUGCUGUGCCAAAAAUUACAUUUAAACUUGGGUCAGGAUCUUCAUGUCCUCCGUCACCUGAUGAAAGUCAACACAGGAAGAUUGUGAUAAAAUCUUUCACAAAGAAUCAAGAUGAUGAAGAAGAAGAAGACAGUGAGAAAGAGCAGCAGUGCUCUAGUACAGAAGAACCUGUCAAACGCGAACCUUCUCCUGAACUGGCUCGUAUCUCUGCCCUGAUCACAAGGCCGCCGAAAACCAAGCCUUCAAGUAAGCCCUCUGUUCCAAAGCCAGAAGAAACUAUGGAAUCCACUACCAUUUCCAUUUCUCCUGCAGCAAGCAGUACAUCUUCUGCUGCAUCCUCUCCUGAAAGUCCUCCAACUGUAACAUAUACCAAAUUCAAAAAGAGUCCAAAGUUUAAUCCCAAAUUCAAGGCCAAAGAUGUUACAAGGAAAAUUGGGGCUGAAGUGGAAGAGCAGAAGGAACCAGUAGCAUAUUAUUAUGAUAAUGAUGGCAACAAAGUAUGGAUAUGCCCUGCAUGUGGUGGUCAAGAUGAUGGCAGUCCAAUGAUCGGCUGUGAUGACUGUGAUGCAUGGUAUCACUGGGUAUGUGUGGGCAUACAAGUUCCUCCAGAUGAAAAUGAAGACUGGUACUGCCGUGUAUGCAUUGUCAGGAAGCAGGAGAAUAUUGUUGACAAAAAGAAGAAAUCUAGAAAGAAAAAAGUUGUCCCAUGAAGUGAAGGUGUGAAGUUUCAGACUGUUUAUGGAUCAGAAAAGAUUGCUCAGCUGGUGAAGAUGAUUUAGAACUAGUAAGUGAACACAAAGCUCAGAAUCUGAAAAUUCUCCUCUCUCCUUCCCUCCUCUCCCUCUCUUCUCCCAUUCCCAUUCCCUCUCCCAUUCCCAUUCCCUCUACCUCUCCCUAUCUAUCUGAGAUACUGAUGUAGACAUUUUUCUAAACAUUCGUGCUGCAGAAAGUUGCAUUUGUGAUUUCUAACAAACCUAUUUGGGUGUAUGUCAGUCAUCAUAGGUAACUAAAUAUCCAUUAAGCAUUCAGUGAAAAAAUCUAUUUAUGAUACAUGGACCAGAAAUAAUAGUGAUGAUCAGUUAGUGCUUGUCCUGUACAUUUGAUACAAAUGUCAUUACAAAUAUUGUUGAUGAACUGGAUCUCAUAAGCUGGUAAAAAUGAUACUUCUUUAAACUGAAUAAUAGUUUCCCUUAAAGAUGUUGCACAGAGUAUUACAAGCAUACAAACAUUGUUAUUUUUCAUCUUUAAACUGAAUAAUAGUUUCCCUUAAAGAUGUUGCACAGAGUAUUACAAGCACACAAACAUUGUUAUUUUUCGUUUUUAAACUGAAUAAUAGUUUCCCUUAAAGAUGUUGCACAGAGUAUUACAAGCAUACAAACAUUGUUAUUUUUCGUUUCCAAUUCAUUUUUCAUGCAUUCAAAUCCUGCUCUCUCAGUGCAUGUCUCAACAUUGUGUAAAGAAAUAAUGAUUAGCAUCAUAUUAUUAUUCAAAGUGUGUUGUAAUCUGUGUGUUGGACUGUUUCUUUAACAUGUUGGUACUAUGAAAGUAAUUAAAAUGGAACACUUGAAUCAGAGAAAAGCAGGAACAAAACUGUAUGUGACUCUUGUUGCUAAUUAACCUGGUAUUGUAAGUGUUUCAUAAGACUAGGAGAUUGCCUGAGUGAAGUGAAAGAUGCCUCUUUUCUAUGCCAAGCUAGCGUAAGAAAUAUGAAGAUACUUUGCUGUUCCUUAGAAAAUUGUUUCAGUGUCAGUAUUCCUUAAAGUUAAUGGUAACCUCAAGACAUGAUAAUUUUUAAACUUUCCAUUAGAGAAAACUGUGUGUUUUUUGCCCUUAUGAAAGUAUGUGAAUUAAUGAACUACUUCAUGUUUUUCGUGAGUAGAAUGGUGAAUAUCAUGUACAUGUAACUAUAAUUAUAAGGUUCAUUACGAUGAAAGGUUUGUAAAUUAAUGUAUUUGCAUCUAGUUUUACUGAACUACUUCAUGUUUUACAUGAGUAGAAUGGUGAUCAUCAUGUACAUGUAACUGUAAUUAUGAGUGUCAUAAAGGUUUGUAAAUUAAUGUAUUUGCAUCUAAUUUGUUACGUCAGAAUGCAAAACAAACAAAACGUGUUAUUUUGAUUACUCCUUGUGCAAAAUAAUCAAGGAGCUAAUUGUUUAGAAUGCAUUGUGUGUUUGAAAUGGCAAUUAGAUUUUAUACUUAACCCAGUCAUAGCGUCAUUUUUAUAGUGCAAAUCAAAUGAUUUGUGUGUGUGUGUGUGUGUGUGUGUGUGUGUGUGUGUGUGUGUGUGUUUUAACUUAAAUCCUGUUCAUACAGGAUACAUUGUAGGUACACUGUAAAUAUUAUUCACUUGCGCCCCAAACCUGACAUAUUCUGUAUGAAAGUAUUGAUCUUUGUAUGAACAAUAUUAAUGAUAACUUAAGGUAAUGAGGCUAAUACUGUGAUCAACUGCAUUCAUACUAUAUUUGUGUCUAGCUAUAAACAUAAUUUUUAAAGAUUUACUAUUUUUCUUGACUGCUCUUGGUGAUACUUGUGAAGGAAGCAAGAUGCUGACUGAUAAAUGUUGAAUUUAGAAAAUAUUUUAGUAAUUGAGUAAUUGGCUGAUCUGUCAUAUCAUGAUAUGGCAGUAAAGGUUAUUUUUUCUUAGACUGCCAUGUUCUUUGAGGAAAGUGAAGUAGCAUUUUAUAUUGACUUCUGGGUGUCCUGUUAUCUGUAUACACCAGUUAUGUCCAUUCUUCUUUCUCAUCUUCCCUAUGUAUUUUCAAGUAAUAUCAUGUUGGUUAGUGAUCAAGUGGUGCUUACUAGAAUAGUCUUAACAUCAAGUACACUGGCAAUGGUAAGGUUUUACAGUAACACAAAAGGAGUAAUAGACUGACAAAGGACAGCCUACAUUGCUGCAUAAAAUUAUAAUAUUUAGUUACAUGUGUAACAGUGGAAAGCUGAGAGAAAGUUUAAAAGGGGUGACAAUGUACAUGCUUCUUAGAACCUGUAUUUGUGAUGAAUGUGAUUUGAAUAUCUGUAUUGUCAUCCUGAUUUACAUUCUCCAAGGCUUUCCUAAAUCACUUCAGACAAUUGCCAGUAUGUCUCCUUUAAGAAGAUCAUGGUCAGUGAAAACUGAAUGAAACAUCUUUUACUGAACUACUCACAAAUACUUUGAUGCUACUCUAUAUUGCAACUUUGCAUAGAAAUAUGCCCUGAACCAACAUGAAGCAAAAGUUAGAGGUCAUAGAUUCAAAAGUUGAUCUGAACACCAGUGCUUUACUGAGCAUAAUUCUAUUUUUUCUUUUCUGUCCUCUAACCUGUGACUUGACUUACCCAGCCUACAGUUUAAUUAGCAGCGUGUGGUGUACUGAUACUUAUUGUGGUAAGUCUAGCUAUAAAAAACUCAGAGUUUUUAGUUUCUCUUAUGACAAUUUAUUUAAUAGAGAAACAAUAAUGAAGGGUGUCUGCACUAGUGUAUCAUGUACAUUUGUGUUACCAAUAGGCUUUUAACCUGUGGGAUUAUCUAAGUUUAUUACAGUAGAGUUCUUAACAUCAGUAAGUGUUUGCACAUACAAAUAUGACCUCCCUCUUUCUCUUUUAUCUGCCUUCAUUACUUGCAACAAUAUUUGUGAGAUACUUUUUUCUCAUUGAACCUCUCAGGUUCAUGUGUUGAACUUAAAAGAUAUUCAGAAAUCUCUUGAAAUUAUGUUCUUAAAUACAGUUAGUAACCAGAUUUAACAAAAAACACUGACAGCAGCAGUAGUCACAUCUUGCUUCCUUCCUUGUUUUGUCAUUCUGUUUUAUGGUUUAAUUAUAUUGUAGUCUUAAGGUAUAUCAAAUGUAAAUGUCAUAUUAUUCUUGAAUAAGAUAUUAUAUUGGGAGGAAAACAGUCACAAAGGCCAUUGUGGAUUGAUGUGCAAUAUCAAUAUUAAUUUGUUUUUAAAGAAAAGUUUGAGCAUUUCAGCACAAGGCAAACUACCCAUAUAUGAAUAAAUAUUAGCUAGCUGAUGUAAUUGUGUCUGUUUUUACUGUUUUAAAUUUUAUGUGAGCUGUCUGCAAUUGGUUGUGAAUUUUAGACACUGUUGGAGCUCCAGGUUUCUCUUCUUUAUUGUUUAUUACUUUCGUGUGGGGACUCUGUGUGUGUGUGUGUGUGUGUGUGUGUGUGUGUGUGUGUGUGAGAGAGAGAGAGAGAGAGAGAGAGAGAGAGGAGAAAUGUGUUUGUAUCACCAUAACAGCUUAAAAUAAAAGGACGGUGAACAAAUUAUUGGACCAAAAGAAUACAUGUUUAUUUUUGCUGGAAUACUGCUGUGAAGAUUACACAAUUUUUCUGCCAGUCAGGAUUUUGACUUUUAUGUGUGUUUGAUUGUUCUUCCAUGCUGCAUGAAACAACUGAUCUAUUCUGAUUUAAAUUUGCUACAGUUUUAUUAAAUAUGCUCAGUUUCUUCCUCAUUCCCAGCAUCUGUAUUCAUCCAUGUUUACUGCUUCAUCACUGAUACUAAGUGAGGUUGUUGUGACAAUUCACGUAUAUUUUAAAAGAAGAGCAGCUCUAGUCUUCAACUGGACAUCGAGGUGUAGCAUUUCUGCAGAUCCCAUAUAUCACUCAAAGUAAUUUCUUUCCCCUUCACUUGACCAAUGUGACAAUGUGAUCCAGUUCAUUGGUGUCAACAUCCCUUACUUCUUUCCUUCCCAUCUCUGACUGUUCUGUGAUAUAAAAAAAAGAACAUUUUCUUAGUACUGUCAUUUACAUGUAUCACUAUGUAAACUUGCAAAGUGGGGUGAAAUUCAUUUGCUCUUGGUGAAGUAUGUUUGUCUGUAGCAAAGUGGUACACGUGUCAAGGCAAUGGACCAACAUUCAAGAUGAUCAUGGUUCAAACCCCUGUUCAAGCCUACAGUAUUAGGUUUCCCAUGGAUUUUGUUAGUAGGUUAAGAUGAGUGUUGAGGUGAUUUCUUAGAAAAGAUUAUGCUAAACUUACUUCCUCGUUCCUGUCCAGUCCAAGUCUGUGCUCUGCUUCUGAUUGGCUAGUCAUGGAUGGAAUGUGAAACUUUAAUCUUCCUUCUAUAAUUUUGGUGGAGUAUGAACUGCGUUAAUUAUUUUAAAAAUAGGGUGCCAUUCUGGAGUAUCCUCCCAAACUCAUGCAUUUCUAGUAUGAACAGAAUUGAAAGAAGCUAUUUACGAGAUGAAUCUUGAAACAUGGUUAGAAACAAAGACAGAUGUACAGGUUUCAGUGACAGGCUAGCUUGCAGUUUAAUUUUUUCAUGCUUAAUUUAACUAUCACACUGUUUGCAUAUGGUGCCCUUACUGUAAGCACUUUUGAUAUCUUCUGUAGAUUUCCUCUCAUUUACAUCUGUGCACAGCAUGUUUAUACUCCUCAUUCUCUUCCUACUCUUCCUUCUGGAAUGCAAACAAAUAUUGCUAACCCUGAGCAUUGCACAUUACUGCCCAUUUCAUUUUCUUUUAUCCUUAAGUUUCAUGAUUUCUUUUUAGACUAGUCAGUAUUUAUUUUGGCUGAUUUGCAGUUAUAUACGUUAGUUUCUGUACAAAGACUGUACAUUUUGUUUCUGACUGUAUUUACGUGUUACCAUUUUUAAAGCCAUUUAUCAGUUUCUGUAUUUUUGUUUCUGUUUUAUGCAUGUAUCAUGUUUGAGAAAUAUAUUUAAUAAUUUCAUGAAUUUGCAGGUACCACAAAGACUGUUUGAUCAAAAUAAGUAUCACAUUAAUUAUGUUGUGGAACCCCAUAAAUCACUAGAUAAAUAUAACACAAUAUUAGGUUCAAAAUGGUAGUUAAAUCUCUUUUGUUUUGUAAUGGAAACUAAUCUCUUUAGUGUGAUGCGAAUAGAAUGAUAGUAAAAAAGUGGUAGGUUUAUAAAUAUCACAUGCUGUAUUGAUUUCUCCAAAGUUAGUUUCACUCGUUAAAAACUGAAGAAAGGUUUCAGAUGUGAAGAAAAACAAUGUGUUUAACAUCUUUGGUAUUAUUAACCUUCAUUUAAAAGUUAUGUAACAAAACUCAUGACAAAUUAAAAUACAGUGACAGACACUUGCCUUUAAGAAUAGUGCCUGUGAAAAUAAAGGUCCUGGUUUGAGAUUUUGUCCAGCACAGUUUUAGUCUGUCAGACAUUCCAUAGCAAAUUACCACCCACUGCAGAGUGAAAGAUUCAUUCUGGAAACCACCUUUAACCAAUAAUAUAUACCUAAACGGCAUUUGCUAUACCAUUUCUCCAAGGGCUGCCAUUCGAGCAAAAUGUGCAAGAACUUUUGUGUUCGAUUUGGAAAACAGAAGGAAGAUAAUGACAGAUGGGAAGUUUAAUAAGACUGUGUGUCAUGCCUGGAUAUUCUACUCCUCAUUUUUUUCUCUCUUCAUUCUGUGUGCAUCCUAUAUUCCCCACAAAAGAUAUUUUUCUACCAAAGAACUUUUCGGGUUUAACAGUGUUUCCUAUAACGACAACUUUGUCUACUGCCUAGCACAGUCUAGCUGCAAGAUUGCCUGAUUCAUAACACUACAUAUUAUUUAACUUAGCACAGUUAUCUAUUACAGGCUAACUCAGAGUAAGUGUAGAAUUAUACCUAGUUCAUCCCUAACCACUUUUGCCAAGUCAGAACUUAGUGGUAGGUAGGACAGGAGCUGGACCCACAUCUCUGCCUUUUACAGCAAGUGUUUGCUGUUAGCAACUGACUCGCUUAAAAUUUCUGCAGCAUUAGAGAUAAAUUACAAGAAGACUUUUUCUCUGCAGCCUAAGAUGUACGGAGUUCCUUAAGCACUUUUUCGAUUCUUCAGACUUUUGUUUAAUUUCUGGAAGUAUUUUCCCAUAUUGAUUUUUUGGUUUCCUUAUGAUUCAAGUAUCAAUUAUUCAUUGUAGAUCUUUUGCUACUGCUGUUGUCUAGUAUCUCUCAGAUUCCCAUAAUUUUCUUGCGCGAAUGAAAUUUUGUGUGUAUGUAUUCAUCAGAUUCUUAAAGAUUUUGUGUUUCUAAUGUUAUUUAAUCAGUAAUUUGUAGUUGUUCGAUUCGAUUGAAUGUUCCUUAGCUGUAUUUUCUCAGCCUGCUCCAGAAAUUCUUUCCAUUUGAUCCUCCGCUGUAUGUCAUGCAACUUAUCUAUUUUCCCACACUAAUUUCUCUUAUUUUUAUGCCUGGAUGCUAAUGACCACAAUCUGAUAUCACCAAGCAAGAACUAUACACACAAUUUUACAUCAUAGUUCUACGUUAAAUACAGAAAUUUUGUUUGCGUGGUUUGUAUGCUACUACAAUCCCUAUUUCCCACACUGCAUGGCAGCACGAGUUUUCUUUUAGAAUGGAACAUACACUCGUGGAUACUCUACUUCAUAUAAAUAUUCACAAGUACCUCUCUCAUUCUCAAUUUUGCAUUAGCUUGACUGAGAAGCAGUAGAAUCUUGUGAAGCAAUUGUUUAUUACUGUUUUUGAUCUGAGGAUACUAUGAAAUAAUACAAAAUGGUGCAGUAACGGAAUUUUGUGCCCAGGAUAUUCUAUACACUUACAAUGGAAAACACAUUUGUUUAACUUAGUCUUGUUAUUGUGAUGCCGUACUUCUCUCUCUCUCUCUCUCUCUCUCUCUCUCUCUCUCUCUCUCUCUCUCUCUCUCUCUCUGUCUCUCUGUCUUUAUUUUUUUUGUAUCCCCCCCCCCCUGUUCUGUAAAUCACUGCUAGUGAAGAAUGUUCAGUCUGUUUGGUCUUCAUGAUGCUGAAAUGUUAAAAUAACAAACCUCAUUGUCAGUAUCCAAAUAUCUGCUGUGAAAAUUUGUACUACGUUAUCUUUUGAAUAAUGCCUUUUCAUUUAUUAGUGUAAUUUCAACAGCACGCGACACGAGUCACUAUAUUAAACUUUGAUAAAAUUUAUAGUUCUUUUAGGCCAUUUUUCUUAAAAAUUCUAAUGAUUUGUUCACCAAUGAAAACUUGUACAAAUGUGAGUCUAAUAAAUUGCAAAAUUGCAUAUGAAAAUUGUCACAAAAAUACAUUCCAUUUAAUUAAUUGUAUUUUGAAAGAUGUGUUUUAUUAAAUGUUGAUAAUUUUAACUUCCAUAUUACCUUUGGACAUAUGUGUAGUUAGCAAAUUUUUAUAAUACAAACAUAUAUAAUUGCACUUUAUUGAUUACAACAAGCACAUAUUCCAAUGAUACAGAUUAUUUAUGUACAUUGUUUGUAAAAUAUAUUUUUUGUAAAUAAACUCUCUGUACAUAUUGAAAGUCAAAAUAUAAUUUGAAAUUCAGAGAA